GAGAGAGAGAGACAAUCGUGGUGAGAAGAGACGAACCCGUAGCCCGUAGGCCAUAGAGAGAGAGAGAGAGAGAAAAGACGUUCAUUAUAGGAUGAACAAAACAUCCUCUGUUUCUCUAUUCUUCUUUUUUCUCCACAUUUCCUCAUCUGGGUCAUCUUCCAAAAUGAUUUGAAGAUCACCCAAUUUCGCUAUUUGAUCAGGACAACAACAACAAAGGAAAGAAAAAGAGAUCGGAUUCCAUCUUAGAAUUGCAGACAACAAAACAGGAGCUAAGAGAUGGAAUCGGAUCUGGGGAAGCUCUUCAUUGGUGGGAUAUCGUGGGACACAGAUGAAGAAAAGCUAAGAGACUAUUUUAGCAAGUAUGGUGAUGUGGUUGAAGCUGUGAUCAUGAGAGACCGUGCCACAGGACGUGCUCGUGGCUUCGGAUUCAUCGUCUUUGCAGAUCCUUGUGUUGCAGAGAGAGUCAUCAUGGAGAAACACAUCAUCGAUGGCCGAACGGUUGAGGCGAAGAAGGCCGUGCCUAGAGAUGAUCAGCGACACGCGAGUCCUAUACAGCUUAUGUCACCUGUUGUCCAUGGUGGUGGUGGUGGUGGAAGGACUAAGAAGAUCUUUGUAGGAGGCUUACCGUCUAGCAUCACCGAGGCGGAAUUCAAGAAAUACUUUGAUCAGUUUGGUAACAUUGCUGAUGUUGUGGUAAUGUAUGAUCAUAACACGCAGAGGCCAAGAGGUUUUGGCUUCAUCACAUUUGAUUCAGAUGAUGCUGUUGAUAGUGUUCUCCACAAAACCUUCCAUGAGCUCAAUGGGAAACUUGUCGAGGUCAAAAGAGCCGUUCCUAAAGAGAUUUCCCCGGUUUCUCGAAGCCCUCUUCCUCCUGGUACCAGCUCUAAUAGGAUGAUGUCUACUAAUAGCUACCUAAAUAACUUUGCUCCUGGUCCUGGUCCUGGUCCUGGUCCUGGUUAUUAUAACAACCUAGGAGGCUCUGCUGGUGGCAGGUUUAGUCCUAUCAUUGGUAGCGGUAGAAAUCUAGUUUCUGGUUUUGGCCUCGGUUUGAAUCUGAAUCCAAGCUAUAAUGGAACAGCUUCUUCUACAUUUCGGAUUCAAAGUAACCUUUACUUCAACGAACCUUCCCCAAACCGUUACGCCUCUCCGAUCGGGCAGAACAGAACUGAAUCUCCUUACAGCUCGAACAACAGAGAGUACUUGUGGGGAAACAGAACAGGUUGGAACUUGAAUGUCUCGAGUGGAAACAACAGAGGGAACUGGGGACUUGCUUCUUCUGCUGUUGGUAAUGAUAACAAUGGUUAUGGUCGGAGCUUUGGGACGGGCUCUGGACUUUCCGCGUCUCCAUUUAACGGAAUAGGGGAAUUGUACAGAGGCAGCUCGGUUUAUAGCGACUCAACGUGGCAGCAGCAGCAGCAGCUACCAUCUCAGACUUCUCACGAGCUUGACACUUUGUCUCGCUCUUACGGUUAUGAUAUUGACAAUGUAGGUUCAGACCCAUCUGCUAAUGACUCGGAAGGUUACAGUGGAAGCUAUAAUGUUGGAAAUAGACAAACUAAUAGAGGUAUUGCGGCAUAGGUUAUCAAAAACCAAGUAAAAAAAAAAAGAGGUGAGAGAUUUGUAGAUUAAAAGCAAACCAAUUUCAAUUGCAGAGUUUGGGAGUUCAUGACAAAGAAACCAACUUUAUUAAUAUUCACACCGUGAGUCUUUGCCAAAGCUUCUUCUCAUAGAAAUAAUCAAACAAAGGUCGUAGAAUUUUCGAUCAAGAUUCUUCAGGGUUCUGUGCUCUGUUUUUGUAAUUUUAAUUUUCUUUUUUUUUUCUUUUUAAACUCGAGUUGUUCAUGAAAACUUUUGAUUUUUUUUUUUGUUUGAAUUGAAUUAGCGUGGGAAAGUCAUUGUGUAUGAGAGGAGGGAUAUGACUAUUUUGCUGCAUAUAUCCCUAAUGAGUAAAUGAUAUAUACUGUACUUACUUUGGAUUAUUAGUUUUAGUUAUU